UCAUCCGGUUCCUAAUAAUAAAGUAAAAAAAAAAUAAUGUCUUUCUUUUUUUGGUGUUCAACUUCUUGACAGUGCAAGUGUCAGACCGAUUGUUCACCAUGCCGCGUGAAAUCAAAGACAUUAAAGACUUUUUACUAAAGGCACGGAGACCAGACGCUAAGUCUGUGAAAAUAAAGAAGAAUUCAGAGAAUGUAAAGUUCAAAGUGCGCUGUUCCCGGUUUCUGUACACGCUGGUCAUCACAGAUAAGGAGAAGGCAGAGAAGCUCAAGCAGAGCUUGCCACCAGGUCUGCAAGUUAAAGAAGUUAAGUGAUGUUAAGUGCAAAUAAAAAAUAAUAAAAUACCA